AUGCCUUACAACACAAGGCGCAAGUCGCUGUCGCUGCCCAGCCUAGGCAUCCACCUUCCCACGACGCACGCCUCUCGCGCUGCCGCCCUCGCCUCUGCUUCCAAGUCUGCUUCGCGUCCUUCGACAUCUCCCACUGCGCCAUCACCCGACUCUGCCGAAUCCCAUCCCAGCAAGCGUCUCAAGCGUUCGCACACCGGUCCUGCCCCCAUCGACGCCUUGAACCAAACACCUCCCCCCUCCCCUACCGUCGCCGACAGCAUCGAGAUGAGCGACGCCGACUCUGCCUCCAAGAUUGACCUGUCUACUGUCAACGACGACAUUGUCGAGGGUGUCAUUGUUCAGCUACAGACUACUGGCAACCGACCCCAUCUUGUCAAAGACCUCGCCAUCGUCCUCGGCCAGACCCUCACUUCGGUUCAGCAAUCUGCCAACCCUUGCGCCAUCAUCUCCUCUCGCCUGGCUUCAUACCUCAAGCGUCCUGUAUGGUCUUCGGCCGCUCCCUGCCCUCUGGCUAAGGAGCUCGAGACUGUCCAUCCCCGUCGCACCUACUUCUUUCUCACUACACAGCCUCGCCUGGAGCUUCCUGACCCCAGCAUCGUGCAGCCUAUUCUCCCAGCCGCCAUCGUCACCCCCUCCGUCUCCCUUACCGACGACUCUGGCUCUGAGGUCGAGGGUCGCCGCCGCGAGCUCAGUCCCUCCCCCGAGGUCGAUCUUUCCCCUCACGAAGUCGAGGAUGGCUUCGAUGACAUGUUCCUCCCUAUUACUCCCGCUGGUUCAUUUUCCUCUCGCCGAGUAAGAGUCGCUCGCGACUUCCGUCACGACUCGCCACCUCUGGAGAAGGAUGAGCGCGAGUUCACCCACACCGCCGACGUUGUCCUCAAGCGCAAACUCUCCGAAGCCACACCUGUCGUCGUUGAUCCCGCCGAGCGCGCCAUCCUGGCCGAGUAUGGCUUCCGCGACGACAUGUGGUUUAGCGACACUCGCACUGCCUCAUCUACUGCUUUCCUUGCCAGUCCCAUUAUUAAGCCCAGCGUUGGCCCUAUCAUCCGCAAAGAUGAUGACGCCGAUAACUGGCUACGACUGUUUGGAGACGAGCAGGGCGCUGAGAGCAUCGAGAUUGAUGAACUCGAUGGUCUCCUCGACGCCUACUAA